AUGGACCCGUACUAUGCUACUGGUGGCCGGCCGGGCACCACGGGUAGCCGAACAAACCACAACGACGCCAAAGCUGGCCUCGCAUGCCAGACGUACGUACAUGGCUUGCGUUUUGCCCAAAAUUGGCUCUCCAGACUAGCCUACGCCAGGGGUGAUCCUUCUUCACGGACGGCAGAGAUAGCGAAACAGGCACCGGCUCGUCCCCUAAAACCGUCGUUGCCCUUCUCGAGCUUCUAUUCGACGAGGGCGCAAGAUUUGAGGAGGAGGGCCAGGCAGAACGGGGAAGGGACGGGGGGGGAUGGAGAACCAGCAAGCCAGCAGACAGACAGCUGCUGGACUCUGGACGAUGGUGAUCCUUGGCCACCACCCAGGCAGGACCUCGACGCUAAACCGAAGCCAUGCCGGAAGGAGGAGGGCAGAGAAAAGAGAGUUUUCUCACAACACAUGACUUUCGAGUCACCGGCUGGGAUUAUGGAAGCAAGAGAACGUGCGCUUUUGCUGCGUGCCAUCAAGACCCAGAAGCCGCUGGGACGUCGGCCCAGGGACCCCCCACCCAUUUGUGCAAGGGGUCUGGGUGCAAGUCGUUCUAGUGACCGCGGCAGAGCUGAGAAACGAGACGAUCAAGGGGUGGAGGAGGAGACCAAGACCAUGAUAAGGUACUCAGAGACGAAGCCAGAUGGAAAUGCAACUGAAGGGGGCAACAAUGCAGCCUCCCCGAUCUUAUUCUCGUCAACUGGGCUGAGAACUUGGGACCUUGAAGCUGCAGAGCCGGACAGGGGCAAUGACGAGAGCCCAUGGUAG